AUAAAAACACGUAGUAAAUGCGGAAGUUUGGCUGAAGUUCGUCCAGCAGCUGAAAAACAAAGCGAGUCGUUGAAGUUGGACUUCACAGCUGCAAACUUUGUUUUUUUGCGAACAGGAAGACACCUGAACGCUCAAUCAUGGCUGACAACACCGUUUACACCCCGACCACGGCUCCGAACCCCAAAUCCUCCUGGUUUGCAGUCCCAUCAGAGAAUAUGGAUAAAAUCCGCUUUAUUGUCAAAAUCAUCGAAGUGCUGCUGUCCUUCGUGGCCUUCAUCACAGAGGAGGUGGUGAACAGCUGCAUCACCUGCUCCUCUCUCUACUUCUUCGAGUUUGUCAGCUGCACGGCCUUCCUCUUCACCCUGCUGCUCCUCAUCCUCCUCUCCACCACGCUGCACAGCAGGACGGGCAUCACCUGCUGGCCCAGCCUGGACUUCGUGUACACCGGUUGCAUCGGCCUGUUGUUCCUCAUCGCCUCCAUCGUGUUUGCGUCAGAUAACGGCGGCACGACGAUGGAGAGAACCGCUGUGGCGUUUGGCUUCUUGGCGUCCGUGAUGUUUUUCGUCGACCUCGUCUUGCUUGUGAAGAAUAACGGGUUCCCCUUUAAGUCAGACGGGAAGGCGGCGCCCAGUAACGGCGGCCCGGUGACGACGGAGGCUCCCCCCGAGACGGAGAAACUCAACACGCCGGCAGAAUAAGUCUUCAGGGUUUUUUAUGUUCAUACGUGUGCGUUUGUUAUGUCGAGGUCAGAUUAUUUUACGCAUUAUUCCUUUAUUGUGGUGACAGGAGGCAGAGCUUCCAUUUCUUUAAGUCGUUUAAACUCGUCCACAGUUUUGGACGCUUUGUGCUGCGAUUAUCAAUAUUAUCAAUCAUUGGAUAAUGAAUCAAUCGCAGUGCAGAGCGUCCAACGGUGUUUGUAAAAUCAGCACGUGUGUUUUGUGUUUGAUAUUUUUAAAGAACAGGAUGCAGACGAUUCUCCCUGUUCAUUCAAAAAUGAUACUUUUUAAGGAAGAGCAGAGACACUAAAACCACAGAACCACUAAAUAUAAGAAAGAUAUAUAAAUAUAAGAGUUAGAAACUGCAGCAACACCUGCAGUACAGCUAUGAAACAACUUUUAGUCUAUCGAACAAAUUCAUUGCAAGACAAACACUUUUCAGCUUUUGGUUUUGCAAUUAAGUUGUUUCAUAAAUUAAAAGUGUUGCUGGAGUUUUGGCUUCUUUAGACUUGUUUUCCUUCUUCGUGCACCUUUGAAGCAGCUGAAGUUUUGCCACUCUGCUUCUGCAGUUUGUUUUUUAACAACACAAUGAUUUUAAUCAGUAUAUGGGUUUAUUAUCUGUCAUUUAUGCUGUAUUUCUCUAAUAUCGUGCAUUUUAUUAGCAGCUUUUCUCCACAUUGACAGCAAAAACAAAUACUGUGCCACAAAAUUCUCUGAAAAUUGAAAGUUUUCGGUAUCAGUCACUGACCUGUGGGUCAGGACACCCCAUGGUGUCCAAGAACAAUCUGAGGGGUCACAAAUGUUUAGAAGGUAUUUUUCCUCAUCUUUUUUUUCAUGUUAACAUAAACAUGCACACUUAAACCUCCUCAGAUCACAAAAAAAAAAUCUUUCAAAUGAAUCAGACGAGGAGAAAUCGUUGUUUUGUAGUAAAAGUGCAAAAGUUGGCUGUAAACGAGUUUAAGUAAACAGGAGAGCUGCGUUUUUUCUGGAUAAGAAGCACUAUAAUGUUUUUAUUUUUCAACCACAUGCACUGAUUUGUUUUUCAAUUUUUAAGGGUUUCAGGAUUAUAAAAAGUUUUUGUCUCCGAUUAAAUAAAAUUUUAAUAUUUAGGCUGUAAUCUCUGCUGGACGUCCAGUAGAGGAGCUUGUUUUAGUUUUACAUGAACUGAAUUACUGAUGUGGUGUAAAAUAAUUAAUCAUCAUGAGGACCUGUAAAAGCAUGGAUGGAUUUGGCUUAUUUUCUUUAAUUAAAUACUUGUGGAGACAUCUCUAUGUAAUAGAAUUUAAUGUGGAAGUAGACUACUUAUAAACGUUGAAAUAAUUAAUUUAAAAAUAAGGCCUUAAUU